AUGUCGCGCUCUCAGCGCUCCCGCAGCGCCUACUACUUCUUCGUGCGUGACCGGCUGCCCGUGCUGCAGCAGCGCGGCAUGCCCGUAACCCGAGUGGUCGAUGGCUUUCCCCACCUCACCCAGGAGUGGGCGCUGCUGGCGGAGGAGGAGAGGAUGUUCUAUGCAGAGAAGGCUCAGAAGUGGAAUGAAAAGAAAUCCUUCCAGAAGGCGGAGAAGGAGAUGUGUAAUAAUCCAGUGCCUGCUGGCGCGAGUUCAGAAAUGUACAGAGUGACAUCUCUUCUUGAUGCUUCUGCUAUAUCGUGGAUGAGCGAUCAGGCUGUGCUUGCAGACAUCUUCUAUUUCCUCAAUGUUUACAGCCAUGGCAAGCUGCCGUCCCACUGUGACCAGCGCUUCCUCCCUUGUGAAAUUGGGUGUGUCAAGUACUCCCUGCAGGAAGGCAUAAUGGCUGAGUUCCAUCACUUCAUAGAUUCAGAAGUACCACCACGUGGUUAUCGGUACCACUGCCAGGCUGCUAGUGAGGCCACUCAUAAGAUUCCUAUAUCUGGAUUUCAUCUCUCGCGUACUUGCUACCCAGUUGUCAUACGUGAACUUCUUCAGUUUGCCCAGCCAGCCAGAGGUGUUUGCCCUCGUUUUUACUGCAAGUCUGAUGACAGGUUCCGAAUCAGCUGGUGUCUUGAACGAAUGGCCAGCGUGGCAGGUGUUGAGAGCCCUCUGGAGCUUCUUACUGUAGAAGAUCUGGUAAUAAAACUGUACCAGAAGAAAUAUCAUAAGGAGCCAUCCAAGACUUGGGUAUCUAGAGAGCUAGAUGUUGUCCUGUGGGAUUUUUCCAGUAAUACCAGGUGUGAAUGGCAUGAAGAGAAUGAUAUACUUUGCUGUGCUUUGGCAUCCUGUAAGAAAAUCGCUUAUUGCAUCAGUAAAUCGUUAGCUGGUGUGUACGGAGUCUCGCUGACGGCUGCUCACCUGCCUCUUAAAGACAGUGUUUCCAGUGGAAAUACAAACCUCAGGCGGGUAAUACUGGAUGCUGGACGUUUUCAGGAAUUGAAGGCCAAGGGUUCUGGAAGUGACAGAGACAUCCUUUCUCCAAGUGGAGUUCAAGAGCUUGUCCCUUCUAGUUGUGAGUUUGAGACUUCCCCAUUUGUAAAGGGAAAAAGAGUAUUUAAACAUAAUCCAAUUGCAGUUUUUUCAAAUUUUUGGGCUCAGAAGUUAUUGUCUGUCAGUGGCAUAAAGCCUAUUCAGCUCUGCAUGAGCUGGGUUUAUAAUGGUACAUAG